UUAUUUUAAUCUACCAUUGAAAAUUCGGUUUUCUGUUUACGAAAUUUUUUUUUAUUUUCUUUUCAUUUAAUUUUCUUUUUAUCAAAUUAAAAAAUUUUUUUUUAUUCAAAUUUAAUUUUUAAAUGAUCUGAAGCAUUCUUAGUUACCAAAUGUGAUGAAAGAUUUGUUUACAAAUGGUGGAGUAAACGCGCGUCAUGGCAGAAAAUAUGGAAACAAUUCUCUCGCCUUGGGAAACGGAAGCUUUUAUUGAACAUUUUCAAGCACUUCCGUUGGAAGAAUUUGGAACAAAACGAUGGUUUGAACAUCACAAAGUGUUGAUGCUUCUUAAUCAGCAAAGUGUUUUGGAAAUUAGUUCAAUGAGAGAGGAAAGCGUUAAAGAAUUGUUCAUCACUUUUCAAAAAAUACCCGUUUUAAUUUACGAGGCAAUACAAAUUGAAAUUUGGAAACACAAAGUAUUUCCAAUGUUAAUCGAAAUAAAUGAGGAACCAUCAAAUACAUUUAUUUUAUUUAGUGUUUUUUAUCAUGAGGAACUCGCGGUUUCUCUAUUGGAAAAUGUUCUCUAUCAUUCGGAAACAAUUGAAACAAUUGACGAUUGUAUUCUCGAUCUAAUUGAUUAUGCAAUCAAUAAUAUUACUCAUCUUUUAUUUGGCAAGAAACAAGAAUUAGAAAUUAAUGACAGAACUUCCUCAUGUUUACAAGAAUUAUUGGAAAAAUGGUCCGAAUUGGAAUUUGACAUUGGAAUAAAGUGUAUUUCAAUUUUACGUUAUUUAUCAGAAUUCGCGAAUAAUCUUCCACUUUGUGCACUGUCACGAAUGCUGUGCACUCACGAUUUACCAUAUUUAUUGUGUCAACUCAUCGAAUCGAAACCAUGGACAAAAUUAAUUAACGGUGAGAAAUUUUGUUACGAUGGAAAAUGGGAGAAAGUCAAUUUCUCCGAGGAGGAUAAAAUUUGCAAAACCGAAGGUCAAGUUUGGUUUGGUUUACGGGAAAUUCUCUUAAAUCCAAAUUGUGCCCCUUAUUAUGAAAUUACCGAGUUUCGUCUUUCACAGUUUCUCAAGUUACAGAAAUUUUUACACGAACAUGUAUUGGAUCAAAUUCCACCACUUUUGGAUUUAAGAAAAUGGUUGAGUUAUUUAAACGUAACUUCUCAAGCUUCCAAUGCCCAACGACCUAUAAACGUCGAAAUGAUACCCGAGAUAAGAUCCACAAUUAUGGAUAAACAUAAUAAAAAAUGGAAGAAAUUGGCUAAAAAUCAGUCGAAAACUCUUUUUACAAAAAAUAUUGAUGAAAUUAAAGCGACAGCGCAAAUUUUAAGUGAAUCAUACGAUAUGAAUAAACUUGACAUUGUUGAUGGAAAAAAAUGUUUUCUUUGUAAGAAUACAGCGAAAAAACGUUGCUCAAAAUGUAAAGAGGCUUGGUAUUGUGAUAGAGAGUGUCAGGUGAAAGAUUGGAAUAAUCACAAGGAUUUUUGUACAAAAAUCGAGCAAUUUAAAGAAACGAAUGAUUAGAAUUAAAAGAAAAUAUGAAUUUUUUGUAUUUUCUACAAUAUAUAGUAAUUUAAUUAUACGUCAGUAAAUUUUUUGAA